UAAUAAGUGCGAUGCUAGGCGCUGAUAUUUUUGCGAUCGCACGAGAGGCUUCGGCGUCUGGCUGGACCAAUGAUUACUUGAAGGUAAUUAAGGCCCAGUCUUCGUUUGCUUGGUGACCUGAUGUUAUGGUCAAGCUUGGUCCGCAAGCGGAUGCGUGCCUCAGCGGCAACCUCCCCGUUGAACUGACAUUUAGGGAUAAUGGCCCCAGCGUUGGACCAUCACGUUCAGCUGCGAAGAACGUAGUUUCUUCCAAGGCUCCCGCGAGAGCCAAGGGGAAGAUGAAGGCUGGUCCCAGCACAUCGGUUUAUAUGCCGUUGUACAAAGACGACGACGAAGCUGAACCCGUGUCCGACUUCGAACCGAUAAAAGACGCUGCAGAUACAGGGCCCACAACCACAACUGAGUCGCAGGACCACAAUCAGGCGCGUCUCACGUCAAUGCUGGCGGUAAGGGAAAAGCUUGCGAAAGAACAUGUCCUUCAUGAAAAUGAUGUGCUCGCAACAGAAACAAUCCACUUUCUCUCGCUUAUAGACAUAGAAGAUCGUGUGUCAUUCGAAGAGCUCAUAACAAACUCGGAUGAACCAAAAUCGCGCGAGAAAGCAGCAAUUUUUGGCAAGUCUUUCUGGACCGCUUACAUGAAUGCUGCUACAUCAACCACAGCUUCGAGCUCCAAAACUCAAGCUCGGAUUUCCGAUUUGCGUGAUGCUUUUAGUUUCAACGGGGCAUUGUAGUCUACUCUUCCGCUUGGAUUACUUACCACAAUUACUACAAUGGAUUGAUUACAAGAAUUAGGUUCUCUACUCUACUACAGAUGAU